GGAUAUUUUUAUUGACUCACUCACGUCCAUAUCUCACACUUAUCAUUAAAGUAAAAUGAAGCUAAUUUUAAUUAAUAAAUUUCAAACAGAUUUGGGUAGGUCUAAUGUACCGUGAGAAAAACAUGUGUUAACCUUAAAAUACAUGCAAAUUAAUUUUUAAAUCACAAUGAAUUUGUUGCCAAAAUUGCACCAAGAGUUCAGUCAGAAGGAAUACUGGGACACCUUUUUCAAAAAACGCGGAUCUAAAGCAUUUGAAUGGUAUGGCGAAUAUCCGGAAUUGUCGGGUCAUUUACACAAAUACAUAAAAAAACAAGACGAUAUUCUUAUCACUGGUUGCGGAAACUCGACUUUAGGCCGCGACUUGUACGAUAUUGGUUACAAUAAUGUCACAAAUAUCGAUAUAUCACAGGUCGUGAUCCGACAAAUGUUGUCCCAGAAUGAAAAAGAGCGCCCCGAUUUGAAAUACAUGCAAAUGGACGCUUUAGACAUGUCUUUCCAAGACGAUUCUUUCAGUGUAGUGCUAGAUAAGGGCACUUUGGAUGCAUUAAUGCCCGACGACAACCCGGAGACUGUGGCAAAAAUAAUUAAAUACUUCAACGAAAUUCACCGAGUUUUAAAACUGACAGGGCGCUACAUUUGUGUCUCACUUUUGCAAGACCACAUUUUAAAAAUAUUACUAGAUUAUUUUCCUUCAAAUAAUUGGAUGUUUCGCAUAGUUCGCUGUUUUGAAGCCGAAGCCAAAACAUCCGAAAACGGCGAAAACUCACUUCCUGUUUUUCUCGUAAUUUGCACGAAAUUUAAAACUUUGCCGCGAAAAAUCCUAGAGUUGAAUCUCACUUCAGGCGAUAAAAUGGAACGUUUUGAGACAACUGACGACAUUUCAAGACAAAUAGCGAGUGUCCAAGAGGCAGCCUUUGUGUGCUCAGGCCUCAAAAAAUCUUCAAUUGAAGGUGGCGAAGUCUCGCUUGAUUUGUGCCAACCGGGGAACCCCUGCCCCCGGUUCACACUUCACGUGGUUGAAACCGCCCCCAGUGCGAGAAAUUCGCAAUACGCGGCCUUCAUUGUGCCCCAAGGGCGCGAGGCCGAGUGGCUUUUUUCGACGAAGUCAGGCCGCCAACAUUUGGCCAAAAUCACCAAAACUAACCGGUUGGCAAUCGUGACUAUGCACCGGGGACACACCUACGGCAACUUCGAACAAGUGCAGAGCGAACUCGGGGGCGCAGUUUGCAGUUUGGCCCCUUCCGACUUAAAAAACCCCAAAAUUGCCUACUUAUCAUUAGGUGCAGACGUGGGGGCCCGAACGGUUAAACACGAAGGAACGUCGCAAUUUUCCGGCCCUUACGUUGUCGAAGACGUCACAGUUGACCAGAACAAAUUCCGGCGCCUUUUUUAUCUAAGUUCCCAGUUAGUUAUCCAAUCCGAAGCCAAACUCAAAACUAUUAAAACGCGAAAAGGGCCGAAAGAAAUCGUCGAUUUGGCGCACUUGACUUGUAAACACCACAUUUAUAUGAGUGUGGCUACGAGUCUGGCUUGUCGGGAUAAGGUAAAGGGUAGUGUUGUGGUCGUGGGGUUGGGAGGGGGUGGUUUGUGUUCUUUUCUGGGGAAGUUUUUGCCACAAAUUCGGGUCACCGCCGUUGAUAUCGACCCAGAAAUGCUUGAAGUCGCAACGAAAUGGUUUGGGUUGAGUCAGAAUGAACGAUUGCAAGUGGUUAUUCAAGACGGUGUCAAGUAUUUGGAGGAAAUUGCUGAGACAAAGCAAAAAUUUGAAGCCGUUUUGUUCGAUGUUGAUAGUAAAGACACCGCGAUUGGUUUGAGUUGUCCCCCAAAACAAUUUUUGGAAGAGGGGGUUUUGAAAAAUGUGGCUGAGGUUAUUAGUGAUUCAGGAUUUUUCAUUUUAAAUUUGGUGUUACGUGAAGCCACUCUAAGACCAGCAAUAGUGGAAACAUUAAGUGGAAAAUUCCAAAUUGUAGUUUCUUACAGACUUGCUGAGGAUUUAAACGAGAUUUUUGUUUGUGCAAAUGUGAAACUCAACAAAGACACCCUUAAGCAAAAACUGGGAGACGCCUCGAGGGACAUAAACAAUUUUUUCAAGAAGCAUCAUUCAAACUAUGAUGAUUUUGUUGAAAUCGAAGAGUAUUUAAGCAAUUUGAAAAUUUUAUAACAGGGAACUUCACCGUGUAAAUAAAACGUAAAAAUAAAAAUAUUUAAAUUUAUAA